GUUGAGCAACUGCAUGCUGGUCUGCUGUGCUAGAGAGAGAGGGAGAGAGCGAGCUAGAGGACUAAAGUGCUCCUCCUGGAUUUUAUCGGAGCGCUCUCUCUCCUCUCUCGCCUUUCCCUCUACUCCUUGUACACCUCUUGAUAUCCAUUUAACUUGGGGAGGCCCUGUAGAGGACACACAAUGGAGCGAAGAGCCUAUGGCAACUGGGCCGUUGUACUGCUGAGAGGGGGAUGGGGUAGAGAGAGGACCGGCGGUUCACACAGCUAACACAGCCUGCCGGCUGUAGGCUUCCAAAGCCUCUCCUCCCUGCCUGGACCUACUGUUUCCAGACAGGGGCCUUUUUCCUGGAACAGCCACCCUCAAACUCGGCUUGGACAACGCUAAGGAUUACUCACUGUGCUUUCUGGGAUUUUAUGAUACAUAAUACUGGAGCCUGAAGGAUAAAUUCCUCCGGUGUUUUGGUUGAGAGAAAGGGAAAAACAAACUUCAGUGUAAUUCUCGUGUGACCUGUUUUUGGGGGUUUCGCUUUCUGUUUCUGUUUAAAGGAGUUCGUAAAUGGAUUACAUGAUGCAUGCCAAGUCAAACGAUUUGCUGGAUUUUCAAAAACUGGAUGCCCUUCUGGAAAAAAUUGCACAUUCAGUCUCUGUGAAAAGAGAGUCCAGCGAGGAGUGCAAUGGGAUCAGCGGUGCUCUGUCAGUGGAGUCUGUGCCGGGGCCAAGACUAAACUGGUGUCCUGCCAACACCACUACCCCUGCCCCUGCUCCAGCUCCAGCUCCCGCUCCGGGGCCCGAGCCCACGCCCAACCCUUUAAGAAUGGGGGACGGCCUGGACACAGCGCAGAUGUCGGGCAGCAGCAGCAGCAGCCAGGGGCAGGCCCAGGCACCUGGCAACCCUUCACCCCCAGAGUUCAUCAAUCUCAACAGGCCCAAGCGCCAGACUAAUCAGCUACAGUACCUGCUCAAAGUGGUGGUGAAGGCCCUGUGGAAGCACCAGUUUGCCUGGCCCUUCCAUGGACCGGUGGAUGCAGUCAAACUUAACCUGCCUGACUAUUACACAAUAAUCAAAACUCCUAUGGACAUGGGCACAAUCAAGAAAAGGCUCGAGAACAGUUACUACUGGAAUGCCCAAGAAUGUAUUCAAGACUUCAAUACGAUGUUUACUAACUGCUACAUAUACAACAAGCCCGGAGAUGACAUUGUCUUAAUGGCUGAGGCUUUAGAGAAGGUUUUCCUCCAAAAAGUCUCAGAAAUGCCUCAGGAAGAAACUGAGAUUGCUGUCAUGACAGGGAAAGGACGUGGCCGUGGCCGGAAAGACGGAGGUCUAAACUUGAAACCAGGGGCCAUCAUUGAUCCUUCGUCCACAACUCCUCAAACACGUGGUCUGUCAAACCUCUCAGCCGCACCACAGACCAGAGGACCAGGGCAGGGUCCGCCUUCACUACCUCCCCAGCCUUUAAUGCAGGCCCUGCCUUCCCAUGUGCCCCCAACGUUGCCCAACCAUGCACCACAGCUCGGUGCUCCUUACUCCCUUGGUCAACCAGAAUGCGCGCCUCAAGUUCCCAUCAUGACUUCUGUGCCUCCUCCUGCCCAGACCUCACUUCCCCCAGCAUCCAUGCAGAACACUGCCCCGAUGCUGCAAAACCCCAUAACCAUGACCAAACAAAGAAAGAGCCAGAAAAGGAAGGCAGACACUACAACGCCCACAGCAAACGACCAACUGAGUGAAUCUUCGCCAGCAGAGUCCAAAUCUGGGAAGACGCUGCCCAGGCGAGAGAGUACCCGGCCCUCCAAACUCAUAAAGAAGGAUGCCCCAGACUCCCAGCAUCACAUAAGCAUGGGGAUGGGACCAAGUGGAGGUCACAGCCCUAAACCACAGGAUCAGAUUGGAUAUUGUGCAAGCUUAGUCAGGGACAUGCUUUCUAAGAAGCACGCUGCUUAUGCUUGGCCAUUUUACAAACCUGUUGACGUAGACGCCCUGGGACUACAUGAUUAUCAUGAUAUCAUUAAACAUCCCAUGGACCUCAGCACUAUCAAGGUAAAGCUGGAGAACAGGCAAUACCGGGAGCCCCAGGAGUUCGCUGCUGAUGUACGAUUAAUGUUUUCCAACUGCUACAAAUAUAACCCUCCAGACCAUGAGGUGGUGGCAAUGGCACGCAAAUUACAGGAUGUUUUUGAGAUGCGCUUUGCCAAGAUGCCAGAUGAACCUGAGAGCAAACCUCUAGUUUCUGCCCCAGCUCCUACUCUUCACCAUCCUGCCCCCGUCAAGCCCCAGCCUCCUUUGGCCCAUGUCGCUUCAUCAUCAGACAGCUCCAGUGACUCGUCCUCUGAGUCUGAGUCAUCCACUGAUGACUCUGAAGAAGAGAGAGCCCAGAGGUUGGCUGAGCUCCAAGAACAGUUAAAGGCUGUCCAUGAACAGCUGGCUGCACUGUCCCAGCCACAAGCCAGCAAACCAAAGAGAAAAGAGAAGGAAAAGAAAGAGAAGAAAAAAGAUAAACAUAAGAAGAAGGGAGCCAUGCCAGGCCUUGUGGAUGAAAUCCAGGAUGCUACACCUGUCUCACAGCUCAAGAAGACCAAGACUAGUAACAAUAACAACAAAGAGGUUAUUUCCAAGAAAAAACCCAGUAAAAAGGAGACGAUGAAGAGCAAUCAUCCCUCCAACCUGCAGCCUGUUCCAUCUCUGGAGGAUGAACUGGGAGCAGCCGGGUCAUCAGCUACAGGGGAAAAAUGUAAGCCCAUGACCUACGAGGAGAAGAGGCAGCUAAGCUUGGACAUCAACAAACUUCCUGGUGACAAGCUUGGACGUGUAGUGCAUAUCAUCCAGUCCAGAGAACCCUCGCUCAAAAACUCAAACCCUGAUGAGAUUGAGAUUGACUUUGAGACGCUAAAGCCUUCUACUCUGCGCGAGCUGGAGCGAUACGUUUCUUCUUGUCUUCGCAAGAAGAAGAAAAUUCCUGUUGAGAAGCCCGUAGAGUCCUUGUCUGCAUCCAAAAAGAAUGGGUCAUCCUCAGAGAGCAGUGGCUCCAGUUCAGACAGUGAAGCAGAGGGAAUGAUAAAACAGCAGAAGAAGAAGGGUCAGUCUGUGAAAGAGGGGAAAAAGACACAUCUUCAUACACAGGGUGCCCCUGUGCAGCCUGGGCUUCAUGCCCAGCCUGCUGUCCUACAAGCCAAUAGUCAAAUUAAGCAGCAGCAGCAUCAGCAGCAGCAGCAUCAGCCGUCUCCUGCAGGCUUCAUGGCUCCUCCUGUAACUGCUUUGGAGUCUUCACAGAUGCUAGAGACCAGCUUUGAAUCCCUGCCACCAUUCGGACAACCUCUCAUGCAUCUGUCCCAUCAUACGGGCAACUCCUCGCCUCCACCUCCACACCUCAAUGCCCAUUCUGCUGGUCCAGUGUCCCCUGAGACUCACCCCUUCCUCAACCAGCAUCCCGUCCUCCCAUCUCCAGCCUUGCACAGUUCCAUGCCUCAGCAGCCUUCUCGACCCAGUCACAAGGCAGCACCUCUUCAUCCGAAACCCCCCCAGCAGCAAACGGCACCUUCACAGCAGCAGCCAAGCCUACAGCAGCAGCAGCAGCAGCAGCAACAGCAGCAGCAGCAACAACAACAACAGCAGCAGCAGCAGCCACAGCAGCUCCAGCCUCCAUCGGCGGCCCCACCACAGCACCAGCUCCCCUCUCAGAUCCUUCAUCCUUCUCAGCCCCUGCACCAACGGCCCAUGUCUCCCCCAACUCUCACACCCCAGGGCUUGCUUUCUUCCCAGCCUCCUCAGAUGUUGCUUGAGGAUGACGAGGAGCCUGGGUCUACAACCCCUAUGAACCAAGUACAGUUAUACCUGCAGCAGUUUCAGCAGGCCCGUCAGCCCCAGCAGUCCAUGCAGUCGCUCCAGGCGCAGGCUCGCCAGCAACAGCAGCCAGGGCAGACAUCUCUCCUGCAGUCUGUCCAGGGGCAAUCGCAACUGUCCUCUCAGACCCCACUGCCUCCCACACAGCUCCCUGUUCAGUCCCAGGCACAACCCACAGCGUCACAUCAGCCCCCACCCCAACAAAUGCCACUUCACCAGGCACGCCACAUGCAGCACACUCAGCAGCAGCCACCACAGCCGCAGCAACUGAACUACCAGCAGGGUCCAGGACUAGCUGGUCAGUCCCAGGGAUCCCAGCAUAAGGUAUCCAUGUCCACCAACAAACAACAGCAAAUCAUACAGCAAGAGCAGCCCUCCCCUCGUCCAAGCAAGGCUGACCCUUAUAACACAGGUCACUUGAGGGACAACCCAUCUCCUCUCGUUAUGCAUUCCCCACAACUCCCCCAGUAUCCAACCGUGUCUCACCAGUCUCCACCUCAGAACAUGCAACCCAAAAAGCAGAGAGCCCCUGGGCCCCAAGUUGGUUUGAAGGAGGAGAAACUUCCUCCAUCACCAGUGAUGAGAGGCGAGCCAUUUAACCCUGCCAUGAGACCAGAUCACCACAAACAUCCUGAAAACAAGCCUUCUCAACCAGGCCAUGGCCAACCGAAUGUGAAGUCCAUGGAAAGUUCCUCACGACCUGUCAUUCGUUCGUCAGAGCCCAUUGGGCCCCCCCCUUCCCUGCAGGACAAGGAUAAGUAUAAGCAAGAGUCUAAAGCGCCAGUUGCUCCCAAAAAGGUCCAGGAUGUGAAACUGAAAAACAUGGGCUCAUGGGCAAGCCUGGCACAAAAAUCUACAUCGGCGCCCUUAUCUGCAGUUAAGUCAUCAAGCGAUAGUUUUGAGCAGUUCCGCCGUGCAGCCCGGGAGAAAGAGGAGAGGGAAAAGGCCUUGAAGGCUCAGGCUGAGCAGGCGGAAAAAGACCGGCUACGCAGAGAGCAGGACAAACUACGAGGUCGAGAUGAAGAGGACAUAAUGGAACCAACCAGAAGGGUGCACGAGGAGCCACGUAGGCGUCUGGAACAACAGCACAUCCCAGCCCCCUCGCAGCAACAACAACAACAGCAGCAGCAGCAAGAGCCUCCGCCAGUCGCUGUCCAGCAGCCUCCUCAACCCCCCACACCACCUCAACCUGCCACACAAAACCCAUUGGACCAACAGAGGGAGCUAGCACGCCGCCGUGAGCAAGAGAGGAGGAGGCGAGAAGCUAUGGCAGCAACUAUCGACAUGAAUUUCCAAAGUGACUUAAUGGCUAUAUUUGAGGAGAACCUGUUUUAAGAAGAGCUACAACUGAAACGUAACUGCAAAAAAAAAAAAAAAAAGAAAAAAAGGAAAAAAAACAAAACAAAAAGACUUGGAUAAUGUAGACUUCUGAGAAAGAGACAAAGAGAUUUGGAGCCCACUCGCCACAGAGGAACUUGGACUGUAUUUAGGCCUGACUGGGCCUCGGUGGGCCGUCACAGCUUGUUUCGCCCCUGUGGACUGAACACACGUAAGAAAUGAGGAAGGGUGCAUCAUUUUGGAUGUCAUUUCCUGGGAAUUUGGGUUUGCCUGCCUGAAAUCUCCUAAACGGAGAGAAAGAACCCAUGUUGGCACAGUUGCCUUUGUCACACUUUGUUUCAGUGUGCGUGGUUGCAACAAAAACUGCAAGAAUAGACAUCCUAAUAAUUAUGAAAAUGCUCUGAUAAUGUACUGACAGACUGUGCAGAGGCUUUUUGAAACUGCCAGAUGUCUAAGGUGGUGAAGAAGACUGGUCUUUUAUGUUGUUAUGUUUUUGUCUGUUGCAAGUGAACACGACUUCCAUACUGUAAAUCAUGUAUAUUUCUCAGCAGAGAAGGUACAGUUUGCCUUACACCUCUUUCCUAAACAGACCAUUAUGUUCUGUGGCCUGCACACAUGGACAAACCAAUAACAUUUACAACCAGGAGUAGGAGCAGUGCAGACCUUUUUUUUCAUCGUCUAGUAUCUACUGUAAAGAAGUAUUUUCUUAUACUACAAUAACUGUUAUUUUGGAUCUUUUCUUUCCUCUUUAAGUCUUUGAAUCUUCACACCGACACACUCCACCACCUAUGUCUAUGCCAAACAACCCAUUCUCUUAUGCUAAAUUUCUUGUCCUGAAACAUGGUAGGUAGCUAGAGAAAAUCCCUGAAUAUAUGCAUUAUGAUAGUUCCAAUAAGUAUUUAUCAAAGACAGAUCAGUUAAAGUUUUCAGUCUGCCUUGUAUUUUUUAUUUAAAACUCGAACAGGAACUUGUUCACAGAGGAGAGGAAAAGUCCAGCAGUUCUGAGCUUUAGUUGGAAUAUGAUUUCACUACAGGUGUCGUACCGUUAUUCGUAUUACACUUAGAGACGUAACGUUGGGAAUGUUCAUAUCAUUGGCCUGUUCUCAAGAAUCACACUACUAGAUCAGUUGACAGAAUAAUAAGAUGAGGAUCCCCUUUUCGUUCUUUUUGUCAGCCACAGUUUUGAGGCGACAGGAGGUCAAACGGGGGGAAGAAGACAAACACUUAACACCUUUCUGUAGAUGUUACUUGAAUCAGGUUAGCUUUUAAAAAAACAAAAAAAAAAAAGAAUAGCUGAAGGGACCGAAAUGAGCUCCGAGUUAGGAAUCAAAUCGUCUUCGAAAUCACUGGGGACACACUGACUAAACAAAAUAAAAACACAAAUGAUACAGAAGUAAAGAAACGCUGAAAAAAGUUUUGAUUUCUAUCUUUGUUCUUGUUCGAUAAUAGUGGAUGUGAGUUAUAAUUCUGUUCUCGGAGACACUGUUUGGCCAGGGGAUGAUGUGAAACUUGAAUGCAUCUUAUCCUCUCCGCUUGUCUCUUAUGGUGUUUUUCUCCAGUGCCUGUAUUGUAUUGCAAUUCUCGUUGGCUUAUAUUACACUUUGAGGGAGGGGGAGGGGGAUAGAAAAGAGGGCGAGUCAGGACUGGGCGGUGUAAUAUUUGAGAGGGGAGGGAGAUUUUUGAAAGAGUUUGUGUAGAAAAAAAAAUAAUAAUAAAAAAAGGAAGAGACAGCGUUUUAUAUUUUACCCGUUGUCAAUAUUCGGGUUUUAAAUUUAGUUUUAGCUGGACUUCUAUGAGUGUACACACCUGACAACUACUUUCUCAUUUUGUUCAAUCAACAGAUUUUAGGUAGGUAUGUUUCAGCGUUGCCACACUAGCGUUUGAGUCUGGUCUGUAAGUGUGACUGUGUACAUUUGGACGGCUGUGUGACUCUGCGUUUUUUUUUUUGUUUAUUAUUAUUAUUUUUUUAAAAAGUGUGUGGUGCAGGGAGGCAUGUUCCCCAAUGUAGAUAAGCAUUCUAUUGAUGAGGAGAAUAAACGGAUAAACAGUACUUCAGGAGAACUUGUUUCCAUGCUUCAGUCACCUUUUUAAUUUCUAUGAAGUUCACCAUAUAUGAAUAUAUAAUUUUUAUUAUUAUUAGACUGGUUUGGAAAGGGUUAAAAAAAA